AUGAACAUCAUAAGAAUGCCACGAACAAUUCUCAUCUCCGGUGCAACUGGAAAGCAAGGAGGCGCUGUUCUUAACCAACUCGUCAAGCAAAAUGCCAACAUGGAGAUUCUCGCUGUCACCAGAAACCCCAACUCUCCUUCAGCUCAGAACCUUCUCAAGAAAUCAUCCAACAUCAAACUUGUCCAAGGAGACUUGUCUGACGCAGCCACAAUCUUCAAAAAGGCCCGGGAAGUUACAAAACAGCCGAUUUGGGGAGUGUUCAGUGUCCAGUCCCCUAUGGGCCAAGGAGAUGGUGCUGAAGUAGCCCAGGGAAAGGGUCUUGUCGAUGCUGCCUUAGAUGCUGGGGCCAAGUUCUUUGUCUAUACUUCAGUCGACCGACACGGCCAAGACUCUCUGAACAACCCAACUCAAGUUCCUCACUUUAUUACAAAGCACGAGAUUGAGAAGCACUUGAUUUCCCGUACCACUGGCACUGAUAUGCAAUGGUUCAUCAUUCGGCCUGUGGCCUUCAUGGAGAACUUGACGGACAACUUUUUAGGAAAGUCAUUCGUGACAGCAUGGAAGCUGGUUGUCAAGAACAAACCUCUUCAACUCGUCACAGUGACCGAUGUGGGCGUCGCUGGCGCACAAGCUUUCCUUCAGCCCGAGAAGUAUGCCGGCCGUGCUGUGUCACUUGCAGGUGACGAACUGACUCUGGAGGAAUUCGAAAGAAUCUUCAAAGAGAAGACAGGCCGUGAUCUCCCAUACACCUAUAGUCUUUUUGUUUACCCAAUCAUGGCGAUGGUCAAGGAGUUGGGUUAUAUGUUCAAGUGGUUCAAGGACCAGGGCUUCGGUGCGGAUUUCAAGGCGCUGAGAAAGGAGUACCCUGAGUUGAUGACAUUCGGAACCUGGCUCGAGACGGAAAGCGACUUUGCUCGCAAAUAG